CUAAUGCUAAGUAUCGUACAACCCUUGCCCGUGAGUUAAAACGGGUGUGGAAAAAGAAAAGGCGCUACAUAUAUAUGGAUCACUGCCCAAAACCAUAAGUGCCACCCAAUCAACAGAGGCGCUUUUCUCUUGCAUGAGAAUUUUGAAAUGGGAACAACACCCUCACACUUCCCUUUUCCACGCAAUGCACGCCUAUGUACGUAACUAGGGUGUAAGUACUACCGGCCACUGCUUUGCAAUUCUUCCUGGCUUUCAGAGAUGCAGCGAACGCGCCUAACAAGUCUGACUCAACUUGAAAAGCUGAUCGCUUCACGGGCCGAUCAAUCAGCUGCAGCCCCCAUAUGAGCAAGCAGGUUGACCAUCUACCACCUGCUCAUCAGUAAAUCCUUUGGUCUGCAAUUAAAUCACUUUGUAUCGACCAUCAAGGCUCUUUUCACUCGAACCACAUUACAUUCUUCUGAAUUACAUGGUCGCCAUGAAGAAACCUAUUGAGGUCAAGGUGCGAAUCCAGUCGCAGGAACUUCCCAGUCAGAAACAUGCUGCUAAAGUGUUCCUGAACGGAACUCUACAAGUCGAAAAUGGGCUACAGUCAGGCCAGGUUGUAUAUGUCGAAUCUGUUGCUGAACCUAAAAAGCGAUGUGAAGCCAUCGUGUGGCCAUCGACAGACGUGAACCUCAAGGGUAACAAGAGCGUUGCCACACUCAGCCUAGCUCUGCGGGAAGCGGCAUCUAUAGGGCUCGGUGAGCUCAUCCAGAUAUCUGAUGCUGGAAAAACAACCGCUCCAGAUGCUGAGAGAGUGGUGGUUCGAGACAUCACCCCCGAUGUCCCCGCUAUUGCUGAAGCCGAAAAGAAGUACUGGGCAUGGACUGUAGAGACGUUAUUUCAAGAAGCAGAGUUCGUUUUCCCAGGGCUGAAAUUUCACAAAGUCGUUGGCAAGGGCUAUCGAAGGUCAUUUCUCGUUGUGUCAGUCAACGGCUCUCACAACAAUGUCACCAAAUACUCUCCCAAUACCCGUGUCCAAUGGCUCGACGAGGGCAUGGACGACGGAGAGGGUGCACAUGGUGCUCCUGGGCGCUUGGAGGUGACUGGUAUGCCCGGUAUGAAAGAACCGUUGGACAAAUUGAACGAGUUCUUUUCAGAUUAUGGCGUCAAGUACAGUCCAAAGAUCAUCAUCGACCCAUCUUGUGCCAUUGUGAUUCAGGGCAGCCGCGGUACAGGAAAGACAAUGCUUCUAAAGCAAAUUGCGAACACUCGCUGGGGAACGGUCAAGCGUGUCAAGAGUACGGAUAAGCCGCACGCAAUCCAGGAAUACUUCAGAAGCGCCAUUGACGAAGAAAAACCAACCAUCAUCCUGAUGGAUAACAUCAAAACCUUGGUUGGUAAAGACAAGCCGGGCGCCAGCGAUGCCAUUCUUAACGGGCUAGAAGAGCUUGCUGCCUUGACAGAGAGAAAUGGAAAGCGACCGGAUGUGCUCGUAGUUGCAACUUGCGGCAACUACUCGGACGAUAUUCCCGACGGCCUGCAAACCGAGUCUACUUUCGAGCGUCAUAUCACUCUCACAAUUCCUGAUGCACCGGCGCGAAAAGAAAUUGUUAGAUAUUAUUCGCCUAAUUUCUCGGAGGAGAAUUUUGAGCAGUUUGUAUCUGAUAUGGUCGAUCGUACGCACGCAUACACCGGGAGGGAUCUGAAAAAGCUCCUCCACGCCACGACUCAUGCUUCGCAACGUCGUACCGGAGACCGCAGUGGCGAGCAGCCUUUGACCUGGGACGACGUCAGGCAAGCACUCCAGGAGGUACGUCCCACUGCUAUGCAUGACAUCACCUUAAAGCCGCCGAUUGUUAGAUGGAACGAUAUCGGAGGAUAUCAGGAAGUCAAGAGAGCUCUACGGCAAGUGUUCAACCGACCCCCAAGCCAUGGCGUGCAAUGGCGACCACCGAAGGGCGUCUUGAUGUACGGACCUCCUGGAUGCUCAAAGACGAUGACUGCUCAGGCCCUGGCCACCGAAUCCGGGUUCAACUUCUUCUCUGUAAAGGGUGGAGAGCUUCUAAAUAUGUACGUUGGAGAAACUGAACGUUCUAUUCGAAACCUCUUUCAGAGGGCCCGAGAAGCAAGCCCUAGCGUCAUAUUCUUCGACGAAAUUGAUUCCAUCGCCGGCAACCGGUCGGGGAGUGGCGCGACUGCUGGUGGAGGUGUUCAGGCCUUGGGUGCGUUGCUUUCGGAAAUGGAUGGCUUUGAAGAGAUGGGCGAUGUCUUCGUCCUGGCGGCUACCAACAAGCCCGAUUCACUUGACCCCGCGCUUAUGCGGCCAGGACGGUUCGAUGAGACUAUAUACGUCCCGCUCCCUGAUGACCAGGCUCGAGAGGCCAUAAUCAGCAGGAAGGCACAACAGCUGCGAAUCCCUUCAUUGGAUAUCCCCGAAUUGGCCAGGCGAACGAACGGUUAUUCGGGUGCUGAAUUGAGCCGGUUGUUCGACAAGGCGUUUAUGCCAGUUGAUGACAGUGGCGGAGUUGAUGACGAACCUGAUAAUGGCAUGGCUGUGUUGGAAAGAGCAAUCCGAAGAACACCAAAGGGAGUUACCCCCCAGAUGUUAGCCCACUUUGCAGCAUGGAGACUAUCCAGGAAUGAGCUGUAAUAGACCAUCAUAUUGCAAAUUAUACUGCUGGCUUCUAUUUGACUUAUGUAUCGAAUUUGGUACUUUCGAGGUUAUUUCAUAUUACAGCAGUGGAAGACUACAAGAAAUUCACUGUAGUCUUCAUGGACCUUUGUAAGCACCAUUAUCUUGAACUGUGUUUCACGUCCUUUAAUGUUAUAGUCAUGUUCAUGUGUUUUCACGGUGGUCCACUUGCUUUUGUAGUCGGGAAGCAGCAACGGAAGUUAGUUCCAACUAUCCAUGUGCAUUGUUUGUGUAUUAAGCAAUCUCAACUAGUCUAGGAAUAAACAAGAAGC